CUAUUUCACCUGCCGAAGACUGAAGAUGCCUCGCUACGAUGAUCGAUAUGGCAAUUCGCGGCUGUAUGUUGGUCGCCUGGCCUCACGCACCCGGACGCGUGAUCUGGACCGGAUUUUCAGCAGAUAUGGGAGGUUUCCUGGGGUUUGGCCUUACUUGGAGGUCUAUGACUCUAUGGUGAGAGGGUGAUGGCCUUGGUGGAAUUGGUGGAAAUUCUUGCCGAGUGUAUAGGAGACUUUGGCGAUUCUUUCUGUAGUCUUAUUGCGUGUUUUAAUGCAAAUGGCAACAAACUCAAUCUGGUGUUUUGUUCGUCUGUGACGGGCGAAGUACCAUACACUUGAAGUUCUUAAGUAAUGAUAGCCUUACUGUUUCUGGUUUCUGGCAACCGUUUACGCAGAGUACGAGAUGUGGACAUGAAGCGAGAGUUCGCAUUUGUUGAAUUUUAUGAUCCACGAGAUGCUGAUGAUGCAAGAUAUAGCUUAGAUGGUAGGGAAGUUGAUGGCAGUCGUCUGAUUGUGGAGUUCGCUAAGGGGGCUCCACGUGGUUCCCGGGAAUACAUGGGCAGAGGUCCUCCACCUGGAUCUGGGCGCUGCUUUAAUUGUGGCAUUGAUGGCCACUGGGCUCGUGAUUGUAAGGCUGGGGAUUGGAAGAAUAAAUGCUAUCGCUGUGGAGAAAGAGGCCAUAUAGAAAGGCAGUGCAAAAAUAGCCCAAAAGAACUAAGGCGUGAGCGGAGUCGUUCACGUUCUCCUCGCCGCGGCAGAAGUCGUAGCCCAAGUUACAGCCGAAGCUACAGCCGAUCAAGGUCCCCAGUCAGGAGAGGACGGAGCUUGGAAAGGGAUGAUAGAUCUCGGAGCCCUUCUUACAGAAGCCGUGAUGUGAGCAUGAGUCCAUUGCCCAGGAAGCGAAGCCUUACACCUGAGGAUUAUAGCCCCCGUGGAAGGGGUAGCCCUUCUCCCAGAAAUGGUAGCAAAAGCCCUAGCCCUAAGAGCAGAAGUCCUAUUAGCCCUGAACGCGAGAUUGAUAGCCCUGUUCGCCCUUCUGAAGCUAAUGGUCGUAGCCCCAGUCCAAGGGAGGAUAGGAGCCCUGUCGAUGAGGAUGAUUAUGAUAACCGCCGCUCUCCAUGAUGUUGAUGGUAUUAGUGUUAUAAAGAAUGUGGGCUGUUGGACAAACUUGGAGUCUGCUAGACAUUGCAGUGGUUGUACUAUGUUGUGCUUUGUUUUGAGCAGAUUUGACUAGCUUGUUCUGUGACGUAUUUUAGAACUUUCAAAGUUUAUUAUUGUUAUUUAUUA